AUGUCUGUUCGAGAAUUAUAUACUAAGGGUGCACGCAUCUGGUUACCAGAUGAAGACCGAGUUUGGCGUGCUGUUAUUGUUCAUAAAAAUUAUGAUGGCAAAGGAAAACUUGAAGUUAUAACAUCUGAAGGAGAAACAGAAAUCCUCCCAAUCAAAUCUGACUCUGACCUUCCUCCAUUACGAAAUCCUGAGAUUCUUAUCGGUCAAAAAGAUCUUACUGCAUUAUCUUAUUUAAAUGAGCCUGAAGUUCUAUAUAAUCUUGAGUCUCGUUUUAAUAAAUCUCAAAUUUAUACAAAAUGUGGUAUUGUAUUAGUUGCUGUAAAUCCAUAUGAAGUUUUGUCAAUCUACGGAAACGAUACUAUUCAAUUGUAUCGUGAUCAAGAUGUCCAAUUAUUAGAACCACAUAUAUUUGCUACAGCGGAAUCAGCUUAUCAAUCAAUGGUUAGUUUUUCCAAGAAUCAAUCGAUUAUUGUUUCUGGAGAGUCAGGAGCAGGCAAAACAGUUAGUGCAAAAUAUGCUAUGAGAUAUUUUGCUAAUGUUGGAGGAUUAUUAGAAGAAACACAAAUUGAAAAAAGAGUUCUAGCAUCAAGUCCUAUUAUGGAAGCUAUUGGAAAUGCCAAAACCAUUCGCAAUGAUAAUUCUUCGCGUUUCGGAAAAUAUAUUGAAAUUGGUUUUUUAAAAAAUCAUAUUUGUGGAGCAUCAAUGAAAACUUAUUUAUUAGAAAAAUCGAGAGUUAUUUACCAAGCAUCUGAUGAACGAAACUAUCAUAUAUUUUAUCAACUAUGUACACAAUUGAAUCAAUCUGAAAUGAAAUCUCUUGCUCUCUUACCAGCGAAUAGUUUUCGAUAUACAUCAGAAGGAAAUGCAAUAAUAAUUAAGGGUGUUAAUGAUGCUGAACAAUUUUUAGAAACUCGUGAAGCUCUUACACUUCUGGGUAUUGAGAAUAAAGUUCAAAUGUCAAUAUUUCGUUUGUUGUCAUCGAUACUUCAUUUGGGAAAUGUUAUUAUUAAUGAAAGUGACGGUGAAGGUGAAACAACAUUUGUUAAAGAAUCUGAUAGAUCAUUUUCCACAUUUUGUUCUCUUCUAAAACUCGAUGAAAACCGUAUGAGAACAUGGUUAUGUAAUAAAAGAAUCAAAACUGGUGCCGAAGUUGUCAAUACAACACUUAAUCUCAAUCAGGCUUUAUUUGCUCGAGAUGCUCUUGCUAAGCACAUCUAUUCACAAUUAUUUGGAUGGAUUGUUAACGAAAUAAAUAAAUCGUUAGAAUAUGUUGGACAACGGCAAUCAUUUAUUGGUGUGCUGGAUAUUUAUGGCUUUGAAACAUUUGAAAUGAAUAGUUUUGAACAAUUUUGCAUAAAUUAUGCAAAUGAAAAAUUACAGCAACAAUUUUGUCAGCAUGUAUUCAAACUUGAACAAGAAGAAUAUAUGAAAGAAGAAAUUACUUGGUCAUUUAUUCAAUUUUAUGAUAAUCAACCAUGUAUUGAUUUAAUUGAGAGUAAAUUAGGUAUUUUAGAUUUAUUGGAUGAAGAAUGCAAAAUGCCAAAAGGAUCAGAUGAAAAUUGGCAUAGAAAAAUAGUUACUCAACAUGGAAAACAUCCUGAUUUUUUAACAAAAAAAUUAACAGCUAAUUCAACAUUCAUUAUAAAUCAUUUUGCAGAAAAAGUUGAAUAUUCAAUUGAUGGAUUUCUUGAAAAGAAUCGCGAUACCGUACUGGAAGAUCAAUUAAAAAUGCUAAAAGAAAGCGGGUUUGAUUUUGUUGUUCAACUAUUUCUCGAAGACGAAGAUACAAUAAAUGCAUCGAAAACAUCAGCAUCAACUAAAUCAUAUCAAGUACAAAAAACAGGAACAUUACAAGCAGCAUCCAAAGUUCAAGCACAAAGAAGAAAAACUGUUGGAUCACAAUUUCGUGAAUCAUUAACUAGUUUAAUGGCAGCAUUAAAUUCUACUGAACCACAUUAUGUUCGUUGUAUCAAGCCUAAUGAUCAAAAGGCUCCGUUUAAAUUUGAGCCUCGUCGUGCAGUACAACAACUACGUGCAUGUGGUGUUUUGGAAACUGUUCGUAUAAGCGCUGCCGGUUAUCCAUCUCGUUGGACUUAUCAUGAUUUUUUUAUUCGAUAUCGUUUGCUAACUCGCUCAUCAUUAGUUGAUCGUACAAAUCAUCGUCGAACAUGUGAAAAUAUUCUUAACAAUUUAAUUUCCGAUAAAGAUAAAUAUCAAUUUGGAAAUACAAAAAUUUUUUUUCGCGCUGGACAAGUUGCUUAUUUAGAAAAACUACGUUCAGAAAAACUUCGUGCUUGUACUAUUAAAAUUCAAACAACCUAUCGUGCUUAUUAUGCUCGAAAACGUUAUUUGAAAAUUCGACGUACAAUACUUGUACUUCAAACAUUAUCAAGAAGAUAUAUAGCUAGAAAACAUGCAGAAAAAAUUCGUUGUGCGCGUGCUAUUACUACAUUUCAAUCGUUAUGGCGUAUGCAAUUAGCUUAUCGUAGUUUUCAAACACUUCGUUGUAUUAUAAUUGAUAUUCAAGCUCAUUGUCGAAGUAAUUUAGUUCGACAAAAUCUUCAACAAAGAAUGAUUGAACGAAGUGUUCUUGUACUUCAAUCAUCGAUACGUAUGUGGAUUGCACGUCGAAGAUUUCUUUCAUUUCAACGUGCUAUUAUACUUUUACAAUCACAUCAACGAAGACGCGAAGCUUGCUUAGAAGUUAAACAACUCCGAGUUGAGCAACGUUCCAUUCAACAUCAAAAACAAUUAAAUAAAGGCUUAGAAAACAAAAUAAUUUCAUUACAACAUAAAAUCGAUGAACAGAAAAGAGACAACGAACGCUUAAUACUCAAAGAACAAGAAUUUGAAAAUUUGAAAAAAGAACUUGAACAAUUUAAAGUUCAAAAUAAAGAAUUGAAACAAAAUUUAAAGAAGCAAUCAACUUUAGAAGAAGAACUUCAAACACUUCGAUCAGAAAAUGAACGUCUUAAAUCUGAUAAUGUGUCAAUCCGUUCGGAUUUAACUCAAACAAAACAAUUAAAAGAUGAAAUUAUCUUAAAAAAUAAUGAAUUAAUUUCACAAUUAAAAAAUGAACUCGAAAAUAAAACAAAAGCUAUUGCAAAAUUAGAAGAACAAUUACUUGGAGAUUUAUCAACACAAGACUCAUCGUUAACACGUGUUAAACAACUUGAAGAAGAAUUAAAUACUGAAAGACAACAACGGCAAAGACUUGUUAUUGAAAUGCAUAGAUUAGAACAAAAAUGUGAAAAUCUUCAAAGUGAAUUUCAAAAUGGCAAUGUUAAUGCUGUAGAACCAGCAGUAUCUGAUUCAAAUAUGACUUGGGAUUCGAAAUUUAUGGAUACACUUGAUCUAUAUGAUUUACCCGAUCAAGGAUCAAUGGUCAAUGAUGGUUUAACUCCUCGUCGUCCACCUCCUCUUCAUUCAUCUACUGUGAAUAAUCAUCAACGUCUUUUAACAACUAUGCAAACCAAUGAAAUGUUCGAGGAUAUUGGUGAAACAGGUGGUGGCCUACUUCUUCGACUUCAACGACGUCUUAGACAACUUGAACAAGAAAAUAAAACAAUGAUUGAAGAAAUUGAUAAAGGAGUAACGAAUUCAUCGAAAUCAGGUACAAUUAAAAAAAAUUCAUUAUGGCAUUUGGAUGAAUUAGAAAUGGAAAAAUUAAAAAACGAUUUAAAAGCAUUAAGAGAACAAGUACUUAAAGGUGAUGAAAAAGCAGCUAAAGAACAAUUGCUCGCUCAAUUCGACGCAUUAAAUGCUGAGUUAGACCAUCGACGUCGUGAACAAAUUGAAAUGAAAUCAAAAUUACAAGAACGCGUUAUGCAACAUGAGAAUGAAACGGAUGAUGUUAUUGCAGCUGACGCUAUUGAACAAGCUUAUCAAAGUCAAAAACAAAUUAAUAAAAUGCUCGAACUUGAACUUGAACAAUGUCGAACAUCAUAUCAACGUGAAUAUGAAAGAACACAAGAACGUUUAGCACUACUUGAAGUAGAAAACAUUCAUCUAUGUCAAUCAAUUGAUAGCAAUACAGCUGACAAUUCGAUGAAACAACAGAUAGCUAGUGUCAUCAAUGAAAAUCUUGAACUUCAUCAACAAAUUGAAACUAAUCAAGUGGAAAUUCGAAAAUUGAGACGUGUCAUCAAACUUGUUAAUAAAAGUUUUUCAGCAGGAAAUCUAUCGUUGGAGCAAGUACUACAAAAUGGAUCAAUAGGUGGUUUUCCUUCAUACGUUAGUCAUGUUGAUGUUUCUAAUUCUACAUUAUUAACAACAGUAACAGCAACAACAACAGGAAACGUAGGAGGAAAUGUUGACCUUCGCCGUCAAAGUACAAGACAUUUUAGUGGAAUGAUUAAAUGUAAUCCACAAGAAACAGAACGCAUAACUGAUGCAGUCAUUCUUGAAUUAAAACCUCGCUUAGCUGCAAAAUAUAUUCCUGGAAUUCCAGCCUAUAUACUUUUUAUGUGUAUUCGAUACAUUGAUUUUGUUGAUGAUGAAGCACAUGUUGCUGGAUUUUUAUCAGCGGUGACAAAGAAAAUCAAAAAAGCUCCUCGAAGAAAUGAAGAUAUUGAUUAUCCAAUCCUAUGGAUCACAAAUACAGUUCGAUUUCUUCAUGUAUUACAACAAUACAGUGGCGAUGAGAAAUAUCAAGUUACAAACACACCAAAACAAAAUGAACAAGCAUUAAGAAAUUUUGAUUUAACUGAUUAUCGGACUAUUUUUGCUGAUCUUGUUGUUCAUUUGUAUGAUGAAAUUCUCAAACGAAUUAAAGUUAAAUUAUUACCAAUGAUAAUUCCUGCUAUAAUUGAACAUGAAGAUCUGGACUCAGGCGGAAUCUCAUCUGUAAAUGCAAUAACAUCAACAUCAGGAUCGAAUGAGAAACGAUCGAAGUUUUCAGCACAAGAUCUUCUUAAACAAUUGAAUGAUUAUCAUAAAUUAUUUCAAAUGUACUCAGUUGAACCAAUCAUUGUCCAACAACUAUUCAAACAGAUUUUUUAUAUAGUUGAUGCUCAAGCUCUUCGUGGUCUACUUGUGCGCAGUGAUUGCUGUAAUUGGAGUAAAGCCCUUCAAAUUCGAUACAAUCUAAACCAUUUAACCGAAUGGUUACGCGAUCAAAAUUUACAAGAAAGUGGUGCUUCUGAUUGUCUACUUCCACUAACGCAAGCAGUUCAAUUAUUUCUUUGUAAAAAAGAUGAAACGAGUAUCAGUAAUGUUUGCACAAAACUUACAAUUGUUCAAGUAACAAAAUUAUUAAGUUUGUAUAAAUCAAUGGAUGAUUUCGAUGACCAAGUAACACCAGCAUUAAUUAAACGAGUAUCUGAUUUAUUAAAACAACAAAGACUUGGUUCAACAGUAGAUCAAACUAAAAUUGACUAUGAACAACAAGAAAAUUUUGAUCUUUCAUUUACAUUUCCACUCAUAUACCCUUAUGUUCCAUCAACAGUUGCACUCGACCAACUGGAUAUACCACUUGAACUUCAUCUCGAUUUUCUUUCACUUGUUUAA